AGCGGAGAGGAAGAGGAGGAGUUGGGCUGCACCUGGUGCGCGUCAUUACUCGCGGGUGCCGAUGGCUGGGGCAGCCGAGCCGGCGGGGCUGCGCGCAGAACGUGUUCCCAGCUGAGGAAGAGGGAGAUGGAGACUGAGCCCUGACUGCCAACCCCAGGCAGCAAAAAGGGUGGCAAAACCCAGGAGAGAGGAACCUUUGCAGCCCCCCAGCCCUCCAUCCCUCCCCAGCAGCCCUGAAAAUGGCCCCAGGUGCUCCGAGAGAGGCAGGGGUGUGGAGGCAAACCCGAGCUCUGCUCUUCAAGAAUUGUCUGAUCAAGUGCAGGACCAAGAAAAGCAGCGUCCAGGAAGUGCUUUUCCCUCUGUUUUUCCUCUUCUGGCUGAUCCUGAUGAGCAUGAUGCACCCUCACAGGAAAUAUGACGAGGUGCCCAACAUGGACCUGGGCCCCCUGGACCCCUCGGUGCUGCUGAAUUUUGUCAUCGGCUACACCCCCCCCACGGCCCUGGCUCGGGAAAUCAUGAAGAAAGUGGCUUUUGACAACUUUGAGGAUGGGCUCAUCACUGAGGAGUAUCUGAGUGAGGAGGAGCUGGAAGAGGCGAGUUUUUUCAAACCCUCCAACUUUGUGGGAGUGGUGUUCAAGGACUCCAUGUCCUACCAGCUGAGGUUCCGCGACUCCAUCGCCAUGUCCUCCAUCUACACGGAGUCCAGAGCCACGUGCUCCAGCCUGCGGGAGAGCUGCGAGUCAGUGACCUACUGGAGCUCGGGCUUCACAGCCCUGCAGGCGUGCAUCGAUGCUGCCAUCAUCCAGCUGAAGACAAAUCAUUCUGUUUGGGAACAGCUGGAUCUGACCAGAGCCAUGGUUAUGGGAGAGGCUGCAGUGGUGGAAAUUGAUAAUUUCCCUCGUGCAAUCAUUUUAAUUUACCUGGUGAUUGCAUUCUCCCCCUUUGGGUAUUAUUUGGCAAUUCACAUCGUGGCAGAAAAGGAGAGGAAGCUGAAGGAGUUCUUGAAAAUUUUGGGACUUCAUGACACUGCCUUCUGGCUGUCCUGGGUGCUGCUCUACGUGAGCCUGAUUUUUGUCAUGUCCAUCCUGAUGGCUGUGAUUGCCACAGCCUCGUCCCUGUUCCCCCAGAGCAGUGCCUUUGUCAUAUUCCUCCUUUUCUUCCUCUAUGGAGUCUCCUCUGUUUUCUUUGCCCUGAUGCUGACCCCUCUGUUUAAGAAGUCCAAGCACGUGGGGAUAGUGGAGUUCCUGGCAACUCUGGUUUUUGGCUUUGUGGGCCUCAACAUCGUCCUGCUGGAGGAUUUCCCCAAAUCCUUCGUGUGGAUCCUCAGCCCUUUGUGUCAGUGCAGCUUCUUGAUUGGUGUUGCCCAGGUCAUGCACCUGGAGGAUUAUGAGGAUGGGGCAACGUUUGCAAACAUCAAUGCUGGUCCUUACCCUCUCUGUAUCUCUCUGAUUCUCUUGGUGCUGGACAGCAUCUUUUACCUGCUUGUAGCUGUCUACCUUGACCAGGUGAUCCCAGGGGAGUUUGGCCUGCGCCGCACGCCCUUUUUCUUCAUGAAACCCUCCUUCUGGUCAAAGCACAGGAAGAACUACAAGGAGCUGUACGAGAGCAGCGUCAACGGCAGCUUGAGCUUCAGUGAGAUUGUGGAGCCUGUGCCUUCAGAAUUCCAGGGCAAGGAAGCCAUCAGAAUCAGCUGUGUUCAGAAAACAUUCAUGAAAAAGGGGGAAACCGUGGAGGCACUCAGAAAUUUGUCCUUUGACAUCUACGAGGGGCAGAUCACGGCGCUGCUGGGCCACAGCGGCACGGGGAAGACGACGCUGAUGAACAUCCUCUGCGGGCUGUGCCCUCCCACUGAUGGGUUUGUGUCAGUCUACGGGCACAGGGUGUCUGAGAUCGACGAGAUGCUGGAGGUGCGGCAGAUCGCGGGGGUGUGCCCCCAGGCCGACAUCCACUUUGACAUCUUAACUGUGGAGGAGAACCUCUCCAUCUUUGCUGCCAUCAAGGGCAUCCCUCAGAACAAUUUGAUACAAGAGGUACAGAAGGUGUUGCUGGAUUUGGAGAUGCAGCCCAUCAGGGACAAUCAAGCCAAAAAAUUAAGUGGGGGGCAGAAGAGGAGGCUGUCAGUGGGAGUUGCUGUUCUUGGGAACCCCAAGGUUUUGCUGCUGGACGAGCCCACGGCGGGGAUGGAUCCCUGCUCCCGCCACAUCGUCUGGAACCUGCUGAGGAGCAGGAAAGCCAACCGUGUGACUGUGUUCAGCACCCACUUCAUGGACGAGGCUGACAUCCUGGCUGAUCGUAAAGCUGUGAUUUCCCAAGGGAUGCUGAAAUGCCUCGGCUCUUCUCUCUUCCUCAAGAGCAAGUGGGGCAUUGGCUACCGCCUGAGCAUGCACAUCGAUGCCUAUUGCAACACAGAGGCCACCACGUCUCUGAUCAGGCAGCACAUCCCUGCAGCCAGCCUGAUCCAGCAGAACCACGAGCAGCUCGUGUACACCCUCCCUCUCAAGGACGUGGACAAGUUUGCAGGUUUGUUCUCUGACCUGGACACCCAUUCCCACCUGGGGGUCAUCACCUAUGGCGUGUCCAUGACCACGCUGGAGGACGUUUACCUGAAGCUGGAGGUCGAGGCAGAGAUUGAUCAAGCAGAUUACAGCGUGUUCCACUCACAGCAAGCACAGGAGGAGAUGGACACCAAGUCCCUGGAUGACAUGGAGCAGAGCCUGCUGAUGCUCUCCGAGGCCAAGGCACCAGCCAUGAGCAACUCAGCCCUGUGGAAGAAGCAGGUUUCCACCAUAGCCAAAGUGCACUUCCUCAGCCUGAAACGGGAGAACAAAUGUGUCAGAGUUAUGUUGUUGCUUUUCCUCAUUUUCCUUGUAGUUCAGAUUUUGUUGUUUUUCAUACACCACAUCAUCAAAAAUGCUGUAGCUGCUAUCAAACUCUCCCCAGAUUUGUACUUGCUGAAGCCUGGAGAGAACUAUCACAAGUACAGGAGUCGGCUCCUGCUGCAGAACUCCACAGAGUCGGAUAUCAGUGACAUUGUGCACUCCCUGGGGAGCAUGAACAUCCUCUGGGAGAUGUUCAAUGACAGUGAUUAUGUCUCAGUGGCCCCUCACAGUGCAGCUCUGAACGUGUUUGCCCUCCAGUCCAGGCAGAAUUAUGUUUUCAACAUCAUAUUCAACAGCACCAUGGUGCAUUCCCUGCCAGUUCUGAUGAACAUUGCCAGCAACCUCCUCCUGCGCAGUUUGAACGUGACCGAGAGCAUCCAGAUCUGGAGCAACCCCUUGAUUCAGGAUCUUCCAGACACAAUUUUCAGGCUGGAGAUCUAUUUUGAAGCCGUGUUACUGGGGAUCAUCAUCACUGGGAUGCCACCCUACUUCGCCAUGGACAAUGCAGAAAACCACAAGAUCAAGGCUUACACCCAGCUGAAGAUUGCAGGGCUCUAUCCCUCAGCUUACUGGACUGGCCAGGCUGUGGUGGACCUGCCUCUGUUCUUCUUCAUCCUCAUCCUGAUGAUUGGCAGCCUCUUUGCCUUCCACUACGGCGUUUAUUUCUACGUGGGCAAGUUCCUGGCUGUGAUUUUUUGCCUGAUUGGUUACGUCCCCUCAGUCGUGCUCUUCACCUACGUGGUCUCCUUCACCUUCAAAAAAGUCCAGAACACGAAGGAAUUUUGGUCAUUUAUAUUUUCAGUGACAGCCCUGCUCUGCACAGUUGUCACUGAGGUGUCCUUUUUCCUGGACCAUUACCUGGUAACCACCAUCCUGCAUUAUGUCUUCUCCAUCUUCAUUCCUAUUUAUCCCCUUAUUGGCUGCCUGAUUUGUUUCAUAAAGGUCUCAUGGAAAGGCCAGAGUGACAGUGGGGGAUUCCACGACCCCUGGGACCGGCUGCUGGUGGCAGUUCUGGCUCCCUACCUGCAGUGUGUGGUGUGGCUGUUCCUGCUGCGCUGCUUCGAGCUGAAGAACGGGGGCAGGACGGUGAGAGAAGAUCCCUUCUUCAGGAAAUGUUUUACCAAAGCCAAGCCCUGGAAGUUCCCAGAUGUGCCUCACGAGGAGAACGAGGACGAGGAUGUGAAGGCAGAGAGGCUGAGAGUCAAAGAGAUCCUGAGCAGCCCCAGGAGCGAGGAGAUGCCAGCAAUCCUGGUCAGCAGCCUGCACAAAGAGUUUGAUGAAAGGAAGGAAUUUCUUCUGGGGAGAAAAAUAAAGAAAGUGGCAACCAAACAUGUUUCCCUCUGUGUGAAGAAAGGAGAAAUCCUGGGUUUGUUGGGACCCAAUGGAGCUGGGAAAAGCACAUUAAUUAAUAUGCUUGUUGGAGAGAUUGAGCCAACCAGUGGGCAGGUUCUGAUGGGAGAUGAUUCCUUGGGGCUGAGCAGUGAGGAUGACUCUGUGAAAUUCGUGGGCUACUGUCCCCAAACAAAUCCUCUGUGGCCAGAUAUCACAUUGCAGGAGCACUUUGAGAUUUAUGGUGCUAUCAAAGGCAUGAGCCAGUCUGAUGUUAAAGAGGUCAUCAAGCGCAUUGCCAGUGUUCUGGAUUUAAAGGACCACCUGCAGAAGACGACAAAGAAGUUGGGCAUGGGGCUGAAACGCAAGCUCUGCUUUGCCCUCAGCAUGCUGGGCAACCCGCGGGUCACGCUGCUGGACGAGCCCUCCACCGGGAUGGACCCCAAAGCCAAGCAGCACAUGUGGCGGGCAAUCCGAGCAGCCUUUAAGAACAAGGAGAGAGCAGCAAUCCUGACCACACACUACAUGGAGGAGGCAGAUGCUGUCUGUGACCGUGUGGCCAUCCUGGUGUCAGGGCAGCUCAGAUGUAUAGGUACUGUCCAACACCUGAAGAGCAAAUUUGGCAGAGGAUACUUCUUGGAAAUGAAACUAAGGGAAACAGCAGAUGUGCAGCAGGUGGAAUAUCUGCAGAGCCAGAUUUUGCACAUCUUCCCCAACGCCAACCGCCAGGAAAGUUUUGCUUCCAUCUUGGCAUACAAAAUUCCUAAAGAAGAUGUACAGUCACUUUCACAUUCUUUUUCCAAGCUGGAGGAAGUAAAACACGCCUUCAACAUCGAGGACUACAGCUUUUCUCAAGCAACGCUGGAACAGGUGUUUGUGGAGCUGGCUAAAGAGCAGGAGGAGGAGGACAGCAGCUUUGGCACCCUGAACAGCAGCCUGUGGUGGGAGAGGACGCAGGAGGACAGAGUCAUUUUCUGAGCUCCUCAUGCUCCUGUUGGUGCCAGCACCAAUCCUCCCUCUGCUCCUGGAGCUGGGCUGGGCAAGGACAGCUGGGUUUGGGAGCCCUGAGCCUGGCCCACCAUCCUGGCCUUGGGAAUAAUGCCACAGGAGCCGUGAGCAUCCCGCUGCUCCUCUGGCUGACCCCAAAUCCUCCUCCCCUCGCUGCUGCCGGGCUCUGCUGGGCAGGAGGGCACUGCCACGGCGUCUCCUGGAGUUGGUGGCUGGUGCAGGAGCUCCCAGCUGCCUUCCCCUGGCUCUGCUGGGCAGGAGGUUGGGCUGUCCUUCAGGAAAAGCCUGUCUGAGCAGAGCCACUCUCUGCUGGAGCGUCCUGCCCCGGGGCUUUGCAGGGUCUGGCCGUGCCCGUGGCUGGGCACUCUGCCCGUCCUGCACGCCCAUCCCUGCUCCUCCACCAGCCCAGCCACCCCUGCUGCUGCUUUGAAGAUGCACCUGCUUAGAAGAGAGGGGGAAAAGCACUGCAGAGUCCCUGGCCCUCUGCAAGGAGGGUCCUGACCUGCACGGCCAGCUCAGCUUGGCGUCCCACCAGCCCGAAAACGUUCAUCUGCAGAUCAAAGCUGGCACCUGCUGGCACUGCCAGUCCUCUCCCCUGCAGCCUGGCAGCUGUGUGCUGCCAGGUGGGUGCCACUGGGGUUUGUCCUGCAUGCUGGGGGGCACGGGGGGUGGACAGAGUGCAGGUGGCUCUGCGCUGUCUCCAUUCAGAGCUGUCUGAUUCUUGCCCUGCUGUGACAAGGUGUGUCCUGCCAGCUGCUCUCACACAGUGCUUUGGACAUGGUUGCAUUUUCCUUGCCAGUGCAUUCAUGAGCUCCAGUGUUUCCCAAUCCCUCGUUGUUGUGGUUGCAGUCAGUAACACAGGGCCCAUUCUGUCACCCGCUUUGUAAAACCCCACAUAAAAGGGUCCCAAUUCACAGCCUCACCCAUAAGAAAGGUGCCUUUGGUUUGCAUAGAAGCACUAAGAAGAGUAGACUGUGUGGUCCUUUAGCCUGAGAUAUGACAGAUAUAUGUUGAAAAAUAUUUUUUUUGCUUUUUUUCUACACAAAGCUAUCAUCACUUUUUUUUUUAGUUUUAUAAGGGGAAAUUAAAGAUUGUUCCCAGUUCAUUUUGCUCUUUAAUGAACAGACACAGAGAUGUGUUUCUGUUGAGACAUUGGCUUCAUAAGUCAUAUCAUUUAUGUAUCUUCACUUUAAAGUUAGAAAAUACCUUGGUUUUUCUUGAGAAAACUCAAAAUGGGUAAAGCUGGAGUUGUGUGUCCCAGCUGUUUGUAAUUAUCAGGCAAUAAUGUGUGUGAUAUGUCUGAUAAUGGUUUAUCAGUGUGUUCAGCCACAAUCUGUUUCCAUCAGUUUCUGAUAUAGGGAAAUGUGAACUCCUUAUGCAGAAAUUGACUUCCUCUUUUGUACCCAUAGGUUGCACAGAAAUGCACAACUUUGGGUUUGUAGUUAAAAUUUGAGCCCAAGCCCUGCAGAAAGCCCUGAACAUCCCAGGGAAGCACAGCCCUGGAGGUGAGGGAUGAAAAGGACAAGAUUAAAGCAAACUGCAGCUCCAGCACUGCCUGACAGGGGUGAAAUUUGUCAGAAAAGAAACAAAAACCCCCAAAUUCAGGUGUUGUAUUUAUUUAACCCCAGCCCUGCUGCUGGCUGGGAGCUCUGAGCUUUUGCCUUUAUUUGGAGCAGUUUGGGACUCAGAAUUCUCUUGGCACUUCCCCAUGCAGGUGUGUACAAGUUGAGUGCAUUUUUCCCAAAUCCCACAUUUCUUUGGUGUCUUUUUGACAGUGGUGUUUCAGCCAAGUGUCACCUGCCCAUCAAUCCAGCACAUGCUUGUCACCUGGAUUUAGGGAAUUAGUGUGGCCUGCAAGCAGCCUUGGUGUCUGCCUUGAAUUUAUUCUUUCACUUGGAGUUAAUUGUCUGUAAAAUAGUUCUGUGCUGUCUGUUUCAGAUGUUUCCGUAUUUCCUCACAUUUCAGAUGGGAAAACUUUGGAUUAGAAGCCAGAUGAGCUCAGUUUGGUGCUGUUGUUUAUCUUGGAGGAGCCCAGUGGAUGGUGGCACUGGUUUUUGUGCAGCUACAGAAAGGACAGAGAAUUUGGCUCUUUAAAUUAAUUCCCUGUUUGGGUGGGAUCUGUUUGACCUGGUGACAUCAUGGGUUAAAGUGGGGCGAAAUUCCACUCCAAAACAUCACUGUCCUCAUGUCAGAAGUGUUUCAAAGUGUCCUAAAAUGUCUGUAAUUGUCAGAAUAGGGAAAAAAACAGGCAAAAUUAACCAGGGAACAGCAGAGCUUGAUUCCUGGCAUUUGAAGCUCUUUGUUCAGCUGUUAUCAGUGCCAUUCCAAAUCCCAUCCACCCAACACACACCCAGCCUGUGCUCCCAGAGAUAAACUGGAUUUGGGGGGAUUUGGGGUGUAAAUCCAGCCGGUUUGGGUCACCAUUCCCAGGUGAGCUGGUUGGAGCUGCCUUGCAGGGUUCUUGUGAUGUAUCCAAAGCUUGGAGAUCACCUUCACUUCGUGCUCUUGUGACAAGGUUGUAUUUUUCUAUGGAGAGUUUCAUGUGUCUGGUUUUGUUUAGGUUCCCAAGAAAUGUCCUUAUUUAGGAGUAUCUCUGUUCAGCAAGUGAGAUUUUUUGCACAGCCAACAUGCAGAGCUCUGGCAGCAGAAGCAGAGGGUGUCAGCCUGAAGGUGACACACUUGGGACACUCCUCCUGCUGCUGGACCAUGUGCAGCUCCUUUUACACACUUAACUUUCUUUCAGCACUUGGCUGUACUUGUAAAGGUGAGAGUUUUCCUUUCCCAGCUGGAAGUACUUCCAAAAUAAAGAUGGAUUG